CAGGGUGGAAGUGGUUUAAGGGAACCUCCAGAAGAUCCAAUGCCGGCAGGACCCCUCAACAUGCCCUCCAGCCUGCUGAGCCCCUUCCCUGAGCUGAACACUGACCUGUCCAAGGAUUUUGUAUCCCUGCUGGCAGGGGUAAGCUUGAAAUGUCCUGGAAGGGAGCAGUCAAGCACGCACUCCUCCUGUCCUGUCUAUCUCAAUGAAGGCACAAAGAGCAAUGAAUACUUGACAGAUUCCACCGUAUGGCCUCUACAAAGCCCAUGGAGUCGAGAUUCGGAGCUUCCCCCUUCAAACGCCCUAAGACUCAUCCCCUUCCAAGCGGACCGCUCCGUCAGCAUGAUUGAGGAAAGUAAAAAGUCUCCGACCACUUCGAGACAGUCUUCAUCCCGCUACAAGACUGAGCUGUGUCGCACAUUCCAUGAGAGCGGCUCUUGCAAAUAUGGCUCUAAGUGUCAGUUUGCCCAUGGGACUGGGGAGCUUCGAGGACUGAACCGUCAUCCCAAGUACAAGACGGAGUUGUGCAGAACUUAUCACACCAUUGGCUUCUGUCCAUAUGGAUCCCGUUGUCACUUUAUCCACAAUGCUGAAGAACAGAGGUUCAACAGUACCAACAGGGGGAACCGUCCUCCUCUCCUGAGACACAGUAUCAGCUGCUCUGGAAUACCAUCAUCAUCAUUGUCAUCUUUAUCAUCAUCAUCUUCUCUAUCCCUUUUCUCCUCUUCCCUUACAUCUUCACUCACUUCCUUAUCCCCCUUUUCUCCUGCUAGCCCCGUGACCACAACUUCCAAUCCGUUUGCCAGUGUUUGUUCUGAUUCCUCAACCCCUUCCCCUGUCACAUUAGGCCUACCGUUAUUUGGGUCACUGUCUCCACCUCGCUCAUCUGUGCAGAACCCUUUGAUGGGAGGUCAUCAGCUGAAACUUUCCACCUGGGGAAAACUGGGGGAACUUAAGAUGGUAAAUAAAAGGGAUGCCUUGCCACAGCAAGAGAGGGUAGAAGAAUCAACAUCUGUUUGUGGUAUUUCUCAGGAAGCAAAGCGUCUUCCAAUCUUCAGCUUUCUUGCAGACUAAGUGGCCUUCCUGUUUCUCAUGUGACUCCUAAGCUCCUUUGUGCUCGACUACCUUUAUUGACUGUCUAUUAGUAUUGAGCAGCAGCCUGGAGUCAGACUUUGGUAUUCAAGGGUGCCUUCUAGAUAUGAUAGGACAAGUCUCGGUUUGAAUGUACUCGUUAGAAUCUACUACAUUGUUGUAAACUCUAAGGGCAAUAAGGACUUCAAGCAACAGGUCCACCAAAUUGUCCUACUAGGACUGAGGUGCCAACUACUGUCUGCCUGUAUAAAGGCUUAGGGAUAUCCUGGACAAUAAAAAGGGUUUUAUAAUUCUGUGGACCAAAGGUAGAAGUUACCUGAUGUCCUAGUUCUUACUUGAAGAUACUACUUAUACAUUCCAUGUGGCUUAUGGGGGUUCUCCUCAUCUUAUCUCAUAGUGCUCUAAAAUUUUUGAUCCAAUUAUGAUCUCCCAAUUUCUUCCACUGAAAAUGUAUCAAACUUGAGCAAUUCUCAUACCAGCCAUUGUUUUCAGAUGACUGGAUAAACCAUACCAAUUUUGUGUAUAUGAGGUUUAAGUUGCAUCAAGAAUGACCCCGAGAUCUUGGUUACCAAUAACUGAUUGUUGGUUGAUAUUUCGUAGGAUAACUAAAGUGGAGAACCACCAAUUAAUCCUUAGUAUUUGGAUGAUUAGAUAACUCUGUGCUUCUUAAAUAUUACUCUUCAUGGACCUUUUAUGGAUUCUAUUACUAUCGAGGUUAGUUUCUAGAUCUCAUCUUUUGCUCUGCCUAAAAUGUGGUGAAGUAGGACCUCUAACACUAGAUUAGGUACCACUUAUGUUCUACAGUGGUCCAAGUAGUAGACCAUGAGCUUCCAUCUCCUUAUUCUCAUUCUUUUUAAGGGACUCCCUGUGUAGUUAAUCUAAAAUUUGAUCUUCUAGCCUGAGCCUUCUCUAUCAGAUGUUCUAAAUUUGCCUUGGGCAGAUUGGUUGUGUUUUCUAUGAGAACACCUAGUGUAGGUUAUUUAUCUCCUAUAGUUGUUGCUUCUUGGGCUUCCAGUAUAUCCUCUUGGUGCUGUCUGUUAAUAGUAGAGUAUGCUCGUUCUUCUUUUUGAAGAGCUGAAAUUCAGUAGCAAUUUAUGUACGUUGAACCAAAAGACAAACUUUUAACUAGUGUGUGUUCUUAUGUUGCUUGAUGUUGAGUUUUUUUUUAUGUAGUUACUAUUUAAAUUUCAAGUUGCUCAGUUGUUGUUUUUUUUUUUUUUGGGCAUCUAUCUGUCAGUAUGUAUCUACACAUCCCUUGUGUCUAUACCGAUCAUGGCUCCUUCCGGUUAUUAAAGACCUUAGUUAUAGUGCAGAAUUUCACAAGUAGGAGUUAUAGAUCCCUAUACGAAGGUUGGCCAUACAUGGGGAGGAAAAGAAGUGUCAUGCAUAUUGAAUUGUUCUCAUGGGAAG